AUGGCACUGGAGGAAGCCGUGGACCAGGUCUUGGCGCUCUGGAAGAAGGCGACGGCGCCAGCGAAGGGUAGCCGCGCGGGCGCGCCGUCGCUGCCGCUGCGGUCGGACGAGCCCGGCGUCGCCAAGUGCCGGCCAAACAACUGGGCCGACUUUCAGCACCGGGUCGCGUCCUUCUCGACGUUGCAUUGGUUUGCCAAGCCGUUGGCGCUCGACUUGCUCGUGUGCGCCCAGCACGGCUGGGUCAACGUCGGCCCGGACACAUUGCAGUGCGAGUGCUGCCAUGCGCGCUUGGAUUGCCGCAUCGACGAGCGGCUUAGCCCCGAGGGCGCGCACAAGGUUGCGCUGGGCCUGCACGAGCGCUUGACGUCCUUCCACUUGAGCACGUGUCCAUGGCGGGGCAACCCGUCGCCCGCGUCGUUUUGCCACCUGCAUUUCUGGAGCGUCGACGAAGCGCUCGAGAGCGUCCGCAAGGCGAUUGCCGCCAUGUGCACCGAGCUACGAGCGGUGUCGAGCCUCGGGCAUGUCGACGUCGACGCUACCUUUCUCGACCUGCUGCGCGCCCGCACUAGUGUGUCGGCGGCCGACUGGCCCGCCUACUGCAACGACGUCGUCUCUGGUGUGCUGGACAAUGCGUCGGACGCGCCAUCUCUGGACGCCACAAUCCUCGUCGGUCUCGCUGCCAGCGGCUGGACGCUUCGCAGCCAUGAGGCCUCGCUUCUCGCGCAUUGCACGUUUUGUAAUCGGUCGGCGGUCCUUUGCACGACGCUGACCGACGACGACACCUCGACCGCGCCUGCGCCCAAGCGCCACAAAGCCUCGGUGUUCCAUCCGCUCGAAGCCCACCGAUGGUACUGCCCGUGGCAGCGCCAGCUGCGCGAGGUGCCAGGCUGGAUGCAGUGCGCCGACGCCUUGCGGAAUCCCGCGAUCCCCAAGGCAUUGACGUCGCCACCGACGUUGACACAGCCAGUGGACGUGCUCGCGGCCGUGCAUGCGAUCCUCGACUUUUAA